AUGGCGGCCAGCGGCGCCGUUCUCCGCGGCACGCCGCGGCAGAGCCUCCAUCACCAUCUGUCGCUCCUCUUCGCGUUCAUUCUCGUCUUCUCCUCGUCCCACCGUCUCUCCGCAAACGGCGGCGCAUUCGGUGGUGGCGCUGACGCGGCUGCGCUGCCAGAGCUCUCUUCCUACUCCAGCAUGGCGCUGCUCGAUCCGCGCUUCGAGCUCUAUUGGAGCACCAACACGAGCGACGCGACCAUCCACAUCGCGGUGCGGGCGCAGACGGCGGGAUGGCUCGCAAUAGGCCUUUCUGAAUCCGGCGGAAUGUUCGGCUCUGAUGUAAUGGUAGCAUGGGUGGCGGAGCGCGAGGGGCGCGUGUAUGCAACGGACCGCUUCGUCUUCAACAAGACGGGGGAAGGCGUCGCAUUGGACGACCAGCAGGACUGGCGCGUGCUGGGCGGCAGCCAGACCAUGGAUCAAUCCACGGGCGACACGUGGACCACCGUGCACGUGUGGCGCCAGCUUGACACCGGCGACUGCAACGACCGCCCCAUCACAGCUGGCGCGCUGUCAUUCGUCAUCUGGGCCAUGGGCACAACCGACGAGCUCGCCUAUCACAGCGCGACACGUGGCGCCACCUCGCUCGUCCUGCUGCCCGCGCCUGGCCCCUCCAUCCUCGACCCGGCCACCCCUCCCACCACCAUCGCCCAAUCCACUGCUGCCAGCUGGCCUGCCAUCACGUCAGCAGGCAAGCUCGCCGCAUAUGCCCAGGGGCAGGCGAACGGGCAGAAGAACGGGCAAGGCGUGGUGAUGGGCGAUGAUGGGCGGUUCAACCUGACGAUGGUGAACCACCGCGUUUCCACCAACUACACCACCUACAUGUGCAAGACGUUCGACCUGCCACUCACCGCCAAGCGACACAUCACGCAAUUCGGCAUACAAAUCAACUCGUCGCUGCCCUCCGUGCUGCAUCACGCACUGCUCUUCGGCUGCCCCCUGGAGGAAUAUAAGGACGUGCCGGCAACACAGGGCGUGUAUGAUUGCAUGCACGAGUCAACGCCCUGUCAGGGCCACACCGUGGCAAUGUGGGGGCUGGGUGCGCGUCCCUACUCCUUCCCCCGCGAUGUUGGCUUUCCCAUCGGCCCCGGAUACUACACCAAGUUCGUGCUGCAGAUCCACUACACCAAUCCCGACGCCCGCUCUGACAUUGUCGACAACAGCGGAAUCUUCCUGGAAACUUCUGCCCCAGGGAAGCACGACGCAGGAAUCAUGAUGGCUGGCCCGGUCUACUACGGGCUGCUGCUGCAGAUCCCACCUGGCCAGCCGUCGUGGACCCAGGAGAACAUCUGCCCGGGGCGGUGCACCAAGGCAGUGUUCAAGAACGAGUCGGUGAACAUAGUUGCUGCCGCCCUGCACCAACACGCGCUUGGCCGCCAGAUGUAUACCGAUGUGUAUCGGGAUGGCGAAAAGGUCACCACAGUCGCUCGCCUCGACUACUAUGACUUUGCAUCACAGCAGAUGAUCAACGUGCAGCCGCCCUUCCAGCUACAGCCGGGGGAUGAGCUGCGCACCAAGUGUGUGUGGGACUCCACCUCCCGCUCCAACGUGACAAUGGGAGGAGAGGCCAGCAACGACGAGAUGUGCAUCACCUUUCUUCUCUACUACCCAGCAUAUAGAGACAAGCGAGAGAUGCGCUCAUGUGUGGCCAUGUGUGCCGACAUAUCCGAGGGAAAACUCAACCUGGACCCUGCCAGCCCCAAGCUCAUGAGUUUUGCCGUCUGUGGCCCGGGUACCGACAGGGAGAGGGUGAAGCUGGGGUUCUCCAAGUGCAACAUCACCUACGGGCAGAGCCAGCCCCUCACUGUGCUGCACGGCUGCCCGAGCGCUACCGCGCUCUCUCUCGCCGACAUCCCUUCAGAGAGCAUCUCAGAGCAGCAGCAACUGCAGCACUGCACGGGUCCCGUGCUGCUCUGCUGGUAA